GACAUUUGCUGUGAAUGUCACCUUAAUAGGAUUAUAAGCAAUAUAUUUAUAUUUAAUACAUAUAAAGGGGUGGCAAUAAGGAUUAACCAGUAAUUAAGUAAAUAAAGUUACUCAUUAAAGCUUGGUCUGUCUUCUUUUAAGUUUAUAAUUACCAAACAUAAAUAAGACACUUUCUGGGUGAUGGGGAAGAAAACUGAAGAGGUGGCCAUUGCCCCCCACUCCCCUUUGGAGUUCCUAGUGUUUUUAAACGCCUCUGCAGAAUCCUCACAGCUCCUCCCCGAGGUGGGGGGGGGGGGGGGGUCUAUCGGUGACUGUAAACCCCCACCCCCUCAUCGCGCUCCCUCUCUCUCCCCCCGGCUCCUCUUGCGCUCGCCCCGGCACCGAUUGUUGACAAAAGACGCUGCGAGACGGAGACAGACGAGGCCAGAGUCGGUGCUGGUGUGGCCGAGGUGAUUUGGAAUCGGUCGGACCUCGCAGCAGCAGGCCGGUUUGAAGCGGACUCCCCCAACACCUCCUUGCUUCUCCUCAACUGUCCCUUUCACCUCCUGAAAACAUCACCGCGACUGGAAUUUUGUAGACAAAAGCGGAGGCUAGAGAUGGAUCAGCCACUGUAAGUGGAAACGCCGGAGGAAGCGGUGGCGGCGGCCUCGUACAGGUCUGUUCAUCCCGGGAAUGGUGUGAGCUGAGACGGCCAAGCAGUCUGGAUCUGACCGGGGACUCAUCGUUUCCCCGGAGCCUCCGCGGCUCAAAGCCGCGACCCGAGCCCUCCAAAAUGGGGAAGUGUGACGGCAGAUGCACGCUGUUGGUGAUCUGUUCUCUGCAGCUGGUGGCUGCCCUCCAGAGGCAGGUGUUUGACUUUCUGGGCUACCAGUGGGCUCCCAUUCUGGCCAACUUCCUGCACAUUAUGGCCGUCAUUCUGGGCAUGUUUGGGACUGUGCAGUUUCGCUUCAGAUACCUCAUUUUUUAUGCAGUGUGGCUGGUUCUUUGGGUUGGAUGGAACUCCUUCAUCAUUUGUUUCUACCUGGAAGUGGGAAAGCUGUCUCAGAACAGGGACUUUCUCAUGACUUUCAACACUUCCCUCCAUCGUUCGUGGUGGAUGGAGCACGGCCCCGGCUGCCUCGUGACGCCAGUGCUGGACUCUCAGAUGGCCCCUGACGACCAUCACGUCAUCACGGUGUCAGGAUGCCUCCUCGACUACCAGUACAUCGAGGUGUUGAGUUCGGCCAUCCAGAUCCUUUUGGCUCUCUUUGGCUUCGUGUACGCCUGCUACGUUAGCAAAGUCUUCCAGGAUGACGAGGACAGCUUUGAUUUCAUUGGUGGAUUUGACUCGUACGGCUACCAGCCACCUCAGAAGUCCUCUCACCUGCAGCUACAGCCUCUUUACACGGCUGGUUAAGUGUUUGUAGCGCCCCCUCGAGGCCCAAGCCUGAAGUUGUCACUGUGGAUUGAAAGAAAGAAGCGGCAGGUCACCACCCCCUUAAUUACACUCACUCUUUUGUGUCACGGUUUAGCGUGAGAAGCAGACUUUGACCCUGGGGAGGAGAGAGGUGUGAGUAUGUUUGCGUGUGUGUUUGUGUCUGAGGAAGGAAAAACAGCAUCAGCCCUGAAACAAACGUUGCAGAGCUCAGGGACGGACCAGCAUGCCAGGUGAAAGAAGAGCUGGAGGGAACCAAGAGAAGAGAAGAUUCACAAAAAACUGCCAGCACUAAACGCUUCCUCCUGAGUCGGCGUGUGUGUAACGUGAUUGUGCAACUCUGAGCUGGUGCUUUGUGGUUGUACUCUGGACUCUAUGACCCCUUGGCAACCUCUGUGUUUGUUUGUUUUUCUUGUUUGGGUGAAUGUUCCUGUGUACGCAUGUCUUUUGAGGGGUGGAGUCACGUAAUAAACCGAGGCACAGCUCGUACCUGUUGUUGUUUUAGAGUGUGAUGUCCAGCUAGAACAGUCCUGCAGCUUCCUCUUCCCAAAGCCGUCUUUCUUUCUUCCCAUGCUGCUGCAACUGCACACCUCAGGCCUAAACGAGGGCAUCAGCCACAACUUCUUAAAGGAUCAUCCUUGCAUAAAUUGGCGUUUGUUCUAAUAUGAAAUAACUGAACAAACAAGCAAUCAAAGUGUUAAGUCUGUCGUGCAAUAAUCUCACAAACAUCAAAAAAUAAAAGGUGCCAAUUUAUAUUUCGUUUCCAGGAAUAUCAGGUUAGCCUAUUGGGCAUGUUUAGAUCUGAUUGCUUUGGGAUGAGGCAUUAGUGUGUCUUUUUUGUGGGGGUGGGAAGGAGUAGCGUGCAUGUAAAUAACCAGCCGAUGAUUGUUUUGUUGGUUCCAUUUUCAAAAAAAGAGCGGGGUCACAUUAUGGAGGGUGGGGGGAUUACAAGACUUUGUUUUUCUUUAGACCUGUUUCCCUCGUUCUCCUUUUGUUGUACAUAUCCUCAUGUUGCCUUGUUUUUUUUUAGCCAUUUUGCAGUAUUCUUGUUUGUUAUAACAGUAAGAUAUUGAGUCGAGCAGCUCGUUUAUUGAUUCUCAUCUGGAUGAAGGAGACUUUCUGGGAAGUUCUUUGUUUUUUUCAAUAACAAAUGAGACAGAAAGUGAGAAUGAAGGAGACAGGUAUGCGGUGCAGACCCUAAUGGGUGUAAGGGUAAAGUUUGAAAUAAUAAAAUAACACUUUCUACUUUAGAUGUGACUUCUGUCGUCAUCUGCAGACACAUUUGUCUCACCAAGAGUGUCAAAAGAUUUAAUAAACUGAGUUCUGUCACAACUGG